AAUCCAAAGAGAACAGUUGCAAGCAGAGAUGUGGAGGUCAGUCGCCGCAAGAUCAAGAGCUUCUCUUUUGACCAAGGCAGCAGAUAACUUUGUUGCUUCUACCCAAAACCCCAAGGUACUCCCCUCUAAAACCCUAACCCCACUCUCUCAUUUCCCCACUAGAUCCCCUCUUCCCAGGUUCUUCUCUCAGCUUUCCGAAAACCUCAGUUAUUCUGACACCGCAGAACCGCCUCCGUUUUCCGUCGCUGAAAACGAAAAUGACGAUUUUGCCCCCGGGGAUGGGGUUGCUGGUGUUUCAGAGGAACUGGGUUCUGCUGAGAUUGGGGAGGUAGGGGAGGAGGAAGAGGCUCACGAGAUUGAUGUGGAGAAAUUGGAGGGGUUGUUGUCUUUGCUUAGUGGUAGUGCUGAUGGGUCACUUGAGUCUAGUUUUAGGGAUUUGGAUUUGACUUUACAUGAAGAUUUUGUGGUUAAAGUAGUCGAAACUCCGGUUGUUGUGGGGGAGAAUUUGAUUAGGUUCUUCAAGUGGGGUUUGAAGGAGAAACCCGAGUUUCGAGUCAAUAGGCAGAUAUUGGAUGGGGUUGUGCUUGCAAUGUGUGGGGAAGGUGUGACCAAGGAAGAUAUGUAUUCUUUGUGGGAUUUGGUUAAGAGGGUUGGGGAGAAUGAGAGCAAUUUGUUGAAUGUGGAUAUUCUUAAUGUGUUGAUGUCUUCGUUCACGAAAUUGGGGGAAGGAAGAGCUGCUUUGGUGGUGUUGAGCAAGUUUGAUGGUUUUGGAUGUGUCCCGAGUGCGGAUUCAUAUUACGUUGCAAUUGAGGGGCUUUGCAAGAGUGGAGAUUUUGAUUGUGCUAAGUCUGUUUCUGAGAAGAUGAUUGAGGCAAGAAGCUCGCCCGAUGCUGAGAAGGUUGGUAGGAUCAUAUCUUGGUUCUGCAAGGCUGGAAUGGCUAAAGAUGCCCAUUCGGUGUAUUUGUUGUUGAAGGAGGAGAAGCAGUGCCGGCCUAGCUCGUCUGUUUAUUUUUUGAUCAGUUCACUUAGUAGGGAGGAUGAAAAUGUUAAAUUAGCUCUAGACUUGCUGGAGGAGAUUACUGGUGAAGCACGGAAAUAUGCGAUAAAGCCCUUUUCAGCUGUUGUUCAAGGGUUAUGCAGGAUAAAGGAUGUUGAUGGGGCUAGAAAGUUGCUUAUUCAGAUGACAAAAGAAGGCCCACCUCCUGGAAAUGCAGUUUUCAAUUCGGUUAUCAAUGGCUAUUCUAAGGCUGGGGAUAUGCAAGAUGCGAUAGAGAUGUUGAAGCUGAUGGAGAGUAGGGGAUUGAAACCAGAUGUUUUUACCUACACCGUUAUUAUGAGUGGUUAUGCAAAAGGUGGUCAGAUGGAGGAGGCAUGCAUUAUCUUAUCUGAAGCAAAAAAGAAGCAUGCAAAAUUGACUCCUGUGACUUACCAUACACUCAUCUCCAGCUUUUGCAAACUGGAACAGUUUGACAGAGCUUUGGAGUUGUUUCACGAGAUGAAAGAUUUUGGGGUCCAACCCACGACUGAUGAAUACAACAAGUUGAUCCAAUCGCUUUGCCUGAAAGCACUAGAUUGGGAAACGUCAGAGAAACUGCUAGAAGAAAUGAGAAAUAGUGGAUUGUAUCUUAAUGGAAUUACGAGAGGUCUCAUAAGAGCAGUCAAGGAACUGCAGACUGAGAAAGUAGAGUGUGAGCAAAUAGUUGCAUAAGCAUAAAUCGCUAUUUGGUUUUUGGUAAUGAUAAGCAGGAUACAAGAAAAGCGAAACAGUAGA